CCUCCGGCGCACACUGACACAUUAGCCUGGAGCUGGCCCCAGCGCGCUCUGGGUCUUGGCGGGGCUUCUGUCAAGCCGCUGGCCCCAGGGCACGCUCCGCCUCCUCAGCUUAAGGGGACGGCCUGGCCCAGCUGUGAGGGAUCCAAGCCGAGCACAGGGAAGAAAGUUUUGCAGCGCGGAGGGGAGUUGGGCCGCGGGAGGAAGGAAACCAAAAGAGGAGGGUCUCCACUCCAAGUUUGUUUGGCGGUCGCCGCGAUCGUGGGGCGCCUGUCCCGGAGCUCACCGUAGCGGCCAGACUUUAGCCUUCCGGGCGGAUGGGACUCUCUGUUCGGGUCCGAGACCGGCGCUAGAGGCUCGGUCAGGGGCCGGGGAGGAACUUGUCUUGCGAGCUGUCGCUGUGGGCCUUUAUUGUCUGCAGGAACUCUCCGGAAUCGGGAGGGGGAGGACUGGAUCGCGCUUCCACUGGGAUUCGUCAAGAGUUCCGGCGGCAGCUGUGGCUGCUGCGGAGACUCCCUUUGUCCUCUCAGGACCUCCCUCUCUCCCUCUCUCCCUCCCUCUAUCAGUUGGUGGGUCCAGCUGACCCGGGUGCCGGCGCCCCAGCUGCUCUCAGCGCUCCCAUCCCAGAGCCAGUCCCUGGUGACUCCAGCCUCGGUUGCUUAUUUACCCUGCCGAGCCCAGGGGGCUAAGAGCAGGAGGGAGUCUAAGGCCCCCCGGCCACAGGAUGGUGACCCGACGGUCUGCGGCCCGCAGCUCCGGGAGCUGGCUGUUCCCAGGGCUGUGGAUUGUGGUGCUCAGCGGUCCUGGGGGGCUGCUGCACGCGCAGGAGCAGCCGUCUUGCAGAAGAGCCUUUGAUCUCUACUUCGUCUUGGACAAGUCUGGGAGUGUGGCAAAUAACUGGAUUGAAAUUUAUAAUUUUGUCCAGCAACUUACUGAGAGAUUUGUGAGCCCUGAAAUGAGAUUAUCUUUCAUUGUGUUUUCUUCUCAAGCAACCAUCAUUUUGCCAUUAACUGGAGACAGAGACAAAAUCAAUAAAGGUUUGGAAGAUUUAAAAAGUGUUAGUCCAGUGGGAGAGACAUAUAUCCAUGAAGGACUAAAGCUAGCGAAUGAACAAAUUCAGAAAGCAGGAGGCUCAAAAACCUCCAGUAUCAUAAUUGCUCUGACAGAUGGUAAGUUGGACGGUCUGGUGCCAUCAUAUGCAGAGAAAGAGGCAAAGAUAUCCAGGUCACUUGGUGCUAAUGUUUAUUGCGUUGGUGUCCUUGAUUUUGAACAAGCUCAGCUCGAAAGAAUUGCCGAUUCCAAGGAACAAGUUUUCCCUGUCAAAGGUGGAUUUCAGGCUCUUAAAGGAAUCAUCAAUUCUAUACUAGCUCAGUCAUGUACUGAAAUCCUGGAAUUGAGGCCCUCAAGUGUCUGUGUGGGGGAGGAAUUUCAGAUUGUUCUGAAUGGAAGAGGCUUCAUGUUGGGGAGUCGGAAUGGCAGUGUCCUCUGUACCUACACUGUCAAUGAAACAUACACCAUGAGUGUAAAACCAGUAAGUGUGCAGCUUAAUUCUAUGCUUUGUCCUGCACCUAUCCUGAAUAAAGCUGGAGAAACUCUUGAUGUUUCAGUGAGCUUUAAUGGAGGAAAAUCUAUCAUUUCAAGCACACUAAUAGUCACAGCCACAGAAUGUUCUAACGGGAUUGCAGCCAUCAUUGCUAUUUUGGUGUUAUUGUUACUCUUGGGCAUGGGUUUGAUGUGGUGGUUUUGGCCCCUUUGCUGCAAAGUGGUUAUCAAGGAUCCUCCUCCACCACCACCACCUGCACCAAAAGAGGAAGAAGAAGAACCUCUGCCCAACAAGAAAUGGCCAACUGUGGAUGCUUCUUAUUAUGGUGGUCGAGGGGUUGGAGGAAUUAAGAGAAUGGAGGUUCGCUGGGGUGAUAAAGGAUCUACUGAGGAAGGUGCGAGGUUAGAGAAAGCCAAAAAUGCUGUGGUGAAGAUUCCUGAAGAAGAGGAACCCAUCAGGCCUAGGCCACCUAGACCCAAACCCACUUACCAGCCUCCACAGACAAAGUGGUAUGCACCAAUUAAGGGUCCUCUUGAUGCACUCUGGGCUUUGUUGCGGCGGCAGUAUGACCGGGUUUCCUUGAUGCGACCUCAGGAAGGAGAUGAGGGCCGGUGCAUAAACUUCUCCAGAGUUCCAUUUCAGUAAAGGAAAGCAAGAAGACCAAGAAGAAAAACCACCAUCGUGUCACGUCGACGAUGCCAGAUUAUGUUAGCGUGAGCAGAAACACUGUGGGGGAGGAAGAAGGCAGCAGCUGAAGAAAACAGCUCAAAUGAUCUAGUCACUUUCGAUACUGUACUUCAGAUGCGAAAUGGAUAUUCGACUCGAAACCUGACAAAGCGCGCCGGCUUUGAUGUGAACUGGUAUAGACAAUGACCAGUGGCCGGGUCAGUGGGAUGUCUCUCUGUGAGCACAAAGGCUUAUCAAAUGACACUAAAAAUAAGUUCAACAACCAUCACAUUGGAAGGGAGAAGGCGAACAUUUCAUGUUUGGCGGGCAUAUGAGUGCACAAGAUGGAAUGAACGAUUUGGAGCAUCCUGGUAUAAUUACCCCCAUUGUGCUUUUAAUGGAAAUUUCAGAGGAUGGGGAAUGAUUCUGUUGGUUGGUGUCCAGGUUUUUGGCACAGCUCCAAGAAACCUUAUGUACACACACAAAUAUAUGUAUAUGUACACACACAUGCACACACAUACAUACACCCCACACUUAUGUAUUCUCUGGCUUGAAUCUUUUGCUCAAGUUUAUUUAUGUCACUGGCUGGCUGGAUCCAAAGUCAUGUGUCCACAUAUUCAUAAAUAAAAUUUUUAUCUGUG